UUGUAGAGUGAAGAGAUGCUCUUUGCUCUACGCUUCGUAACUCUGAGUCUCUGACCACUCAGCCCCUCUACUGAUGACGUCUUGGAGCUGCUGGACCUAAAUUCUUGAGGGCAUUUUAUAUCAAACARCUCUAUAAUGACUUUGCUUGUUGCGUCUUCUUUGAUACUCUACGGGCUAAGGAUCUGAGCUCGGGCAGUAUCUUAACAGACACAUAAUCAUUGAUUUGUUGGACACUUACCUCCUUUUAACAGUCGGGCUGCGUUUCAUGGAUGAAAGCGAGAUGGGCGAUCUGCAGAUUCAAGUCCGACCUUYCCUUCUCUGCCAUACAUUCUGUCAUGAGAAGCAGAAAUCAGACUUCAGAAGUUGCUUCCCUGGACACGAUAAACGUCGGCUUUUCCCUCAACCCCGUAAAUUUAAGCUCCCUCCUUUCUCUUUGUGGCAAGGAAGGGGAUUUUCGACUUGGGUCUUGCAUUCAUGCCGUCAUCAUGAAGAAUUUUGAGUCUUUCAAUCUAAAGAACCAAACUAAUAUCCGGAAUAUCCUUGUUGUUUGGAAUUCUCUUGUUUCAAUGUACUCAAGAUGUGGAGAAUUAUCAUAUGCGGCUAAAGUGUUUGAUCAAAUGCCUGUUAAAGAUACUGUUUCGUGGAAUUCACUGAUUUCUGGUCUUCUAAGAGGUCAAGAACUUGAUAUGGGAUUUGGGUUAUUUAAAAAGAUGCAUGGCUCGGGUACUUUUCAAUUAGAUCGAGCAACUUUGACUACCAUUUUAUCUGCUUGUGAUAAGCCUGAUCUUCUUUGUGUGAGCAAGAUGGUACAUUCUCUGGUGUUCCUAAAUGGAUAUAAGCGUGAGGUUUCAGUGGGAAAUGCUUUGAUAACUUCUUACUUUAAGUGUGGAUGUUACACUUCAGGAAGACGUGUUUUUGAUGAGAUGUCUGAAAGGAAUGUUAUCACUUGGACGGCUGUGAUCUCAGGUCUUGCUCAGAGAGAGUUUUACGAGGAGAGUUUCACUUUGUUCUUGAAGAUGCGGCAUGGGGAGGUGGAUCCGAAUUCUUUGACAUACUCGAGCUCAGUCAUGGCAUGUGCUGGUUUACAGGCACUAAAAGAAGGACGUCAAAUCCAUGCCCUUGUCCUGAAGUCGGGAGUUCACUCAGAUUUGUGCAUCGAGAGUUCUCUAAUGGAUAUGUAUUGCAAGUGUAAUAGCAUGGAAGAUGCCUGCCGGAUUUUUGAGGAUGCUGAGGUGCUCGAUGAGGUUUCCAUUACCGUGAUUCUUGGGGGGUUUGCUCAAAAUGGGUUGGAGGAAGACGCUCUCCGACUUUUUGUGAAGAUAAUGAGGGCAAGAAUUGAGAUUGAUCCAAACAUGAUUUCGGCUGUCUUAGGGGUGUUUGGUGUUGUUACAUCAUUGGCUUUAGGGAAGCAAAUUCAUUCCUUAGUAAUCAAGAGAAAUUUAGGGUUUAAUCCUUUUGUAAGCAAUGGGAUCAUCAACAUGUACUCAAAGUGUGGGGAUCUGGCAGAAUCUAUAAAAGUAUUUGAUGGGAUGGUUCAGAGAAGUUCAGUUUCAUGGAACUCCAUGAUUGCAGCGUUUGCACGCCAUGGUCGUGGUGUUGAAGCACUUCAGUUGUAUGAAAAUAUGAGGUUAGAAGGUGUGGAACCAACAGAUGUGACAUUUCUUUCAUUGCUUCAUGCUUGUAGCCAUAUUGGAUCAGUUGAGAAGGGAAUGGAAUUCUUGGAGGCCAUGGUUAAUCUUCAUGAAAUUAGUCCAAGAAUGGAACAUUAUGCGUGUGUGGUUGACUUGUUGGGUCGGGCAGGAUGUUUAAAUGAAGCCAAGGCCUUCAUUGAGGGAUUGCCAAUGGAGCCUGGUGUUCUAGUCUGGCAAGCCUUCCUGGGUGCCUGUAGUAUUUAUGGGGAUUCAAAAAUGGGGAAAUAUGCGGCAGAUCACUUGCUUUCAGUGGCACCUGAGAGCCCCAGUGCAUAUGUAUUGAUGGCAAAUAUAUAUUCCUCUGAAGGAAGAUGGGAAGAGAGAGCUAGGGUUAUCAAGAAAAUGAAGGAAAUGAGAGUAAAGAAAGAGACAGGGAUGAGUUGGAUUGAGAUUGAAAAGGAAAUACACAGCUUUGUUGUCGAGGAUAGGCUCCAUCCACAAGCUGAGACCAUCUAUGAGGUUCUGGAGGAAUUGAUUGGACUCAUGAGAGAUGAAGGAUAUGUUCCUGAUAAGAAGUUUGUGCUUUAUGAUUUGGACCAAGAUGGCAAAGGAGUUUCUCAAUGUUGAAUCUAGGUAUUGUUUGCAUGGGUGCAAUUUAUACGAUAAGCUGAUUUGAACUUUCCUUGAAUUUUAAUACCAAAAUAAGAAAAUGAAAUCUUAA